AUGUUGAAUCCCAUCAGGAAUUUCGGGAAUUGUUCCUCAGGAACCGACAGGGGCCGGGAUCUGCCGGAUUUUUCCUUCGGCUCCUACGAGCCCUCGGUGGCCUCGGGGAGCGAGCGGAGACGGGGACGGAGGUUUCCAGUUGGGAGCAGCUCCCGACGUCCCUCUGGGGCCGCCUGGCUGGGGCUGAAGGACGAGGAGUUCCUGGGAUUGGGAUCCAAGGAUGAGGAUUUCCUGGGACUGGGAUCCAAGGAUGAGGAUUUCAUGGGAUCCAAGGACAAGGAUUUCCUGGGGUUGGGGUCCAAGGAUGAGGAUUUCAUGGGAUUGGGGUCAAAGGACAAGGAUUUCCCAGGAUUGGGAUCAAAGGACAAGGAUUUCCUGGGGUUGGGACAGAAGAGCAAGGAUUUCCCAGGAUUGGGAUCCAAGGACAAGGAUUUCCUGGGACUGGGAUCAAAGGACAAGGAUUUCCCAGGACAGAAGCAUUUCCCAGGAUCAGGACAGAAGGAUAUCCCAGGACAGAAGGAUAUCCCAGGACAGAAGGAUAUCCCAGGACAGAAGGAUUUCCCAGGACAGAAGGAUUUCCUAGCACAGAAGGAUUUCCCAGGACACAAGGAUAUCCCAGCACACAAGGAUUUCCCAGCACACAAGGAUUUCCCAGGACACAAGGAUUUCCCAGCACACAAGGAUUUCCCAGGCCAGCAGGACCAGCCCCCCCUGGGCUCAGGUGUGCUGCCUCGGAGGCGAUCCCAGGCCGAGGCUCCAGACAGGAAUUCCCACCCCCGGAGGGCCCUGGAGCCGCCCGAGCCCGGCAGGCUGGAAUUCCCGCUCGGGACACGGCCCCGUGGGCAGGCGGCAACAGCAGUGCCGGAGGUGCCGGGCCCGGCCCCGCCCGCUCAGGAUCCCGAGGCUCCUCCAGCCCAGCCCCGAGCUCUCCCGUCCUGGCUCUGCCCCGAGGCUCCGGGAGCUUUCCCAGCCCGGAAUCGCCAGCAGGAUCCGGGAAUUCUCCCUCACCAUCCCCAGCAGGAUCCGGGAAUUCUCCCAUCCCAGCCCCAGCAGGAUCCGGGAAUUCUCCCUCACCACCCCCAGCAGGAUCCGGGAAUUCUCUCCUCCCAGCCCCAGCAGGAUCCGGGAAUUCUCCCUCACCACCCCCAGCAGGAUCCGGGAAUUCUCCCAUCCCACCCACCCCAGCAGGAUCCGGGAAUUCUCCCAUCCCAGCCCCGGCAGGAUCCGGGAAUUCUCCCAUCCCAGCUCCAGCAGGAUCCAGGAGUUCUCCCCUCCCAGCCCCACCCGGAUUCCCAAAGUCUCCAAUCCCAUCCCGGCUCUGGGAUCUCCCUGUGCAGCCUCCAGGCCCGGGUGGAGGAGCUGGAAAACCAGGUGCGCACGCUGGAGCGGGAGCGGGAGCAGCAGGGCCGGCUCCUGGAGGAUCUCCUGGAGAGCUCCCACAGGAGCCAGGGGAAGGUGGAGGAGCAGCAGGAGAGGCCGUGGAGGGAGAAGGAGAAAAUCCCACCCUGGAGCCAGGACAGGGCACGGGAUCCCCCUGGAUCCCAGGAUCCCCCCAGACCCCAGAAUCCCCCCAGACCCCAGAAUCCCCCCAGACCCCAGGAAUGGGAGGAGCAGCUCACAGCUCUCCAGGACAGGCUGUGCCGGCAGCAGCAGGAUGCAGAGCGGGAGCAGAGCCGGCUCCAGGAGGCCGUGGCCAACUUGGAGAGCAGGCUGGGAGAGCGGGAGCAGCUCCUGGAGCAGGAGCGCCGCCGAGCCGCUGCCGAGCGCAGCCGGGCGGAUUCUCUGCGGGACGCGCUGGAGGAGCAGCGGCGGCUCUCGGCUCAGCUGCUGGCCAUGGAGAGGGCGGCGCUGGACGAGGCCAAGGGUGCGUGGCUGGAGGAGCAGCAGGCGGAGCUGCGGGAUCGCUCCGAGGAGCGGCGGCGCCUGGCGGCUGCCUGGGCUGAGUUCCACACCCGGGAGAGGCUGAGCCGGGAGCGGGCGGAGCAGGACAAGGAGCGAGCCCUGGGCAUGGACUCGGCGCUCAGGAGCCUGGCCAAGGAGCAGGCAGAGCUGAAAUUCCGGAGCCGGGAGCUGAGAUCCAAGGAGGAGCAGCUGGAGAGGGACAGGGAGGAGGUGGAGGAGGCCUGGAGGGAGCUGAGGAUGGAGAAGGAGAAGGUUGUGCGGGCCGAGCAGCGCCUGCGGGAGCGGGAGGAGCAGAUCCACGCCCUGGCCGAGCGCUCGGUGCAGCAGCAGCAGGACGGCGAGCGGGCGCUGCGGGAGGCGCGGAGCGUGCAGGCCGAGCAGCGGCAGCGGCUGCGGGAGCUGCAGGAGCAGCGGGAGCGCCUGGGGCAGCAGGAGCAGCGUCUGCACCAGCAGGACCGGCUGAGCCUGGCACGGCAGCGGGAGCAGCUGCAGCAGCUCCGGGAUGAGCUGAGCCCGUCUGCGGGGACACUGCCGGGGACCCUGCCGGGGACAGUGCCGGGGACCCUGCCGGGGACACUGCCAGGGACACUGCCGGGGACACUGCCGGGGACCCUGCCGGGGACAGCCACCUUCAGCGGGCUGGCUGCUCCGGGGGCUCCGGGGCUCCUGCCCCCCCUGGGGAUGGUCCUGGGGGACCACGGGGAGCGCCUGGGCUCGGCCGCGCUGUACGGACACCUCCUGCUGCUGAAACACCGAGCCAGGAUGGACCACGAUUUCCUGGAGAACGAGCGACUCUUCCUGGAAUCCCUGAAAAAAGGGCCCUGAACCCCCCCCAACAUCCCUGGGGAUCACCCACGGACACCACGGGCUGAAUUUACAAACAAAUGUAUUUUUGUACAAAUAAAUUCUCCGCUGAGAGACUC